AUGAGCAAGAUGAAUGAGUUGUCUGAUCAAUUCUCGCAAAACUUCAAAUGUGAUAUCUCGCAAAUUGGACAGAAGGUAUGGAGGGCGCCGCAGAUAAUAAAGGACAAGCUAGAAAUAGGGUAUCAGUUUAAGGAUAAGAAUUUUGAUCAAAUACAAGACUCAUUCAAUACUAUUCAUGAUUCAAUCACAACCUUAAAUGCCGAGUGCGAGCGAUUUUCAGUGCAGAUUAGCAACUUGAUGGUAUUCACUCAGAAUAUAAACAAGGGUUUUCAGGAAAUACUCUCCAAAAAUCUUUUAGACAGUAAUACUACAAAUAUUCCGUUGACUCCUAAUAGCGGUAUUGUCUCCCCAAUUGCAGCCAAAGAAUGUGCAUCAGACCCUAUGCCCGGGACUAAGAACUUUAACUUCAGCAAAUAUGUUGACCGUUUUCAGACUGCAGUCGUCAAAAUUAAAUCUGACCAAAGUUUGUUUCAGAGUAGAGUAAUAGCUCCACUAGCUCAAAUCAAGGAGCUAUCGACUAGGAUCCAGAAGCCAUUGGAAGAGAGGAAGAAUCUAAUAUUAGAUAUUAACUCCUUUAGUAGCAAAGUUGAAAGGUAUAACCAACGCAUCCAUUCUAAUGAAUUAACGUUGAAGGGCGAACAAAAACGAAUUAAGUACGAUAAAAAGCUUGAGGAAGUAAAAUUUAAGUAUGAGACACUAAAUUCAGUGCUAAAGGUUGAACUCCAGAUUUUUUUCGACCUCUUUCGUCAGUUUUUGGCUUCUUGGUUUCCUCUUUACCUCUAUCUCACGUAUUCCAUUUAUUACAAUCUUUACCAGUUUUUAGGUAAUUGUCCUGAAGUAAGGAAGUUGCUAGAGAAAAGUGGCUUCUCAAGCCUAGCACCUGUUUCAUCUGUUGUUAACACAUCUAGAAACCUAGUAGAGGAUUUCCAUAUAAAUUUUGAUUCAGUUAUGGAACAGUUGCAAAGCCUCAAUGUUAUCAACUUUAAGCGACUAUAUGCUCAGGUAUAUGCGGGGAAUUUGGAAGACUCAACAGUUGCCAAUAGUUACCAGGGUCCAGUACCUACACUAUACGCAACUGUAAUUUAUGACUAUGAGCCUCAAUUUAACGACCCACAGUACUUGACAAUAAAAGAAGGGGAUAUUAUCCAAGUAAUCACACAAUCCAAAAAUGGUUGGUGGUAUGGAAUGUUACUACGUACUAAAACCAAAGGUCUAUUCCCUCAGAGCUACAUUCAAGUACAGGAUUACGAUAGUUGA